AUGGCUCCCCUCCAGACUCUGCUGGCGUCCGCCCUAGCGGGUCUGGCCACGUUCGGCUCGUCCACGGCGAUCCUGUCCACAAGACGCCAUGACGCCGACCCGACCGUUCAGAUCAAGAAUGGCACGUACCGGGGCGUGCACUCGGCGCAGUACAACCAGGACUUCUUCCUCGGCAUCCCUUACGCCCAGCCGCCUGUCGGCAACUUGCGAUUCCGCCAGGCCCAUUCACUCAACGAGACGUGGGACGGCGUGCGCGAUGCCGUCGAGUACUCGAAGGAGUGUGUUGGCUACGGAUCCGACCAAUGGCCGUACGAGGUCUCGGAGGACUGCCUGACUCUCAACGUGAUCCGCCCUGCUGGCUGCUCCGAGGACGAGAAGCUGCCUGUGGCGCUGUGGAUCCACGGCGGUGGUUUCUACAUGGGUGGAAACCCAGACCAGCGGUACAACACGUCCUUCAUCAUCCAGCAGUCCGUCGAGCUCGGCAAGCCCAUCAUGACGGUCGCCAUUAACUACCGCCUCAGCGCCUGGGGCUUCCUCGCAGGCGACGACCUGCUCGGCCAGGGUCUGCUCAACAUGGGCCUGCGUGACCAGCGCCUUGCCCUGCAUUGGGUCCAGGAGAACAUUGCCGCUUUCGGUGGUGACCCGGAGAGGGUGACGAUCUGGGGUGAAUCUGCCGGUGCUGCCUCUGUUGGCUUUCAGAUCCAAGCAUAUGGCGGCCGAGACGACAAGCUCUUCAGCGCCGCGAUCGCCCAGUCGGGUGGCCCGAUCCACUACGGCGCGCUGCGCGGCACGCAGGCCUUCCAGCAGUCCUACAAUGCAGUCGUGAACGCAACCAAUUGCACCGACUCCUUUGACAAGGUCCAGUGCCUCCGUGAAGUGCCCUUCGAGACCCUCAACACCAUUUUCAACGGCACGCUAGGCAACAGCUUCGGCCCAAGCCUCGAUGGUGACUUUGUCCAGAACUACGGCUCCAUCCAGCUCGAGCGCGGCGACUUUGUCAAAGUCCCGCUGCUCAUUGGCGCCAACACCAACGAGGGCCGUGGCUUCCUGGGCCCCAUCAAGGUCAACACGACCCAGGACUUCCGCAACGUGAUCGGCUCCGGCACCGGCGCGGCCAGCGGCGCCGACGUGCCCAGCGGCUUCAAGGACCUCCUCGUCGAGGCGUAUCCGAACAACUGGACCGAGCUGGCCAUCGUGGACCCGGCCGAGACCUGGAUCGGCGACUCGCGCGGCGCCAACUUUGUCCGCGCGGCCGCCUACCAGGGCGACUACUCGUUCACCGGCCCGCGCCGCGGCGCCAAUGAGAUGUGGGCCAAAUGGGGGAUCAAGUCGUACGCGUACCGCUUCAAUGCGAUCGCCACGCUGCUGAACAACGGCAUCGGGCACUUCACCGAGGUCAUCUACGUCUUCAACAACCUCGACGCCGUCGGUUACCAGAGCGUCGCGGGCACCUUCAAGGGCCUGCCAGAGUCGCACAAGGAGCUGUCGACGUUCAUGGCGCGCAGCUGGAUCGGCUUCUUCACGGAGCGCGACCCGAACGCGUGGGCUGGCCGCGACGCCGGCGUGGAUGCCUGGCCCGUGUAUAGUCUCGAGACCCCGGAGGACUUUGUCUUUGACGCGAACGUCACGAGCCAUGUCGAGCCGGAUACCUUCCGCAAGGAGGGCAUCAAGCUGAUCAACGACAAUGCCGCGGGUAUUUACCACCGAUAGGUCUUGGAGAAAAUUAGUAAAAGUGCGAUGAGAAUCCUAGGGGUUUAUUUCCUCACAAUUUCCCUUCGUAGUACCAUAGUAACGAAAUCUUACGAAUAACUGAG